GAGAGAAACUGUAACUCUUUUCCGAGAGCAUUUCUGCAUACUCUCAACCUACAAUCAAAUUUAGCAUAUAUAUUUUUUUAAAAACAAUUAUUGUGAUUUUUGUGUACUCUAAAAUUCAAUUUAAAAAAUGCCAUUUCCAACAGUUAAAAGUUGUUGUUGCCUAAGUUUGCGAACGGCAGGCAUAUUAAUAGGCAUUUGUAAUCUUUUAAUAAAUAUUUCAUCGGUAUACGGGUAUUUUCAUCUCGAAAAACAUGCAAGCGAUAACUCAGACUGGAUGGAAGGCUGGGAAUUGGUUUUAACUUGCAUAUUAAUGCCGAUAAAUAUAACCUGGAUUUGUGGAAUAGUGAAGGAAAAAACAAAACUUAUGUUGCCAUUUUUCAUUCUGUCAUCCAUUGGAGUCAUUGUAUUAGUUGCUUUGCCAUUCGGUUUACUAUUCUACUUUUCAACCAUUAACAUGGACGCAAUGAAAGGGACACUUCUUUUCAUCCUAUCCUUGUGCGCGGGAGGUAAGGAUUUUUUCUACUUAUUUUUCUACUAA